GAACAGAUGUCGUCAUUGUUAAAAAUGGCAGAAGAAUAUGUGGCACAGGAGGCUGCUUAGCCAAUGCACCUUUGCAUCAGAACAAGAGCUAUUUUGAGUUUAAAAUCCAAUCCACAGGGAUUUGGGGUAUUGGAGUUGCAACCCAGAAAGCAAACUUGAAUCAAAUUCCACUUGGUCGAGAUGUCCAUAGCCUGGUGAUGAGAAAUGAUGGAGCUCUCUACUAUAACAAUGAGGAGAAAAAUAGACUACCAGCAAACAACCUUCCUCAGGAGGGCGAUGUGGUGGGCAUUACAUAUGACCAUGUAGAAUUAAAUGUAUAUUUAAAUGGGAAGAACAUGCAUUGUCCAGCUUCAGGAAUCCGAGGGACUGUCUAUCCAGUGGUCUAUGUUGAUGACAGUGCCAUUCUGGAUUGUCAGUUCAGUGAAUUUUAUCAUACACCUCCACCAGGGUUUGAAAAAAUCCUCUUUGAGCAGCAAAUCUUCUGAAUGUCUUCAUACUGAAAAUUUGCACCCUGCACUGUUACAAAAGCUUUGUCAUCUUAAAUAAAGCUUCACUUUACUUUUAGGAAACAUAUCUGUAUUUUCAGUAAGUACUUGUGACUCUUGUCUGCAGAAUUAAUGUGUUAACUGCAACACCAGGUAACUGAGUUGCAAAUAAGAGAUUUCUGGCAAUGUUUUGUGGUUGAAAAUUAGUGUUUUGGGGCAGGGUUUUUCUCUGAUUUGUUCUUGAUGCAUAAGGAGGCUAAGGGAUGUUAUUGACAUCAGUAUUACAUUCAGUAUUUUGAAUAAACUGGAGCUCUGUAAAGCAAAUAGUUCUUAUGCAUAUGAUAGCUAUGGAGAUGGAUAGUUCUCAUGAUUUUUUUCCCAACUUUUUUCACACAGAAGUUAUGUACUUUGUUUAAAGGAAGCACUGUGUUUCUAGUCUGUGAUUUGGAGUUGCAGUGUCCCAGUUGUGCACAAUGACUAAUAAUACGAUGGCAUAACUAGCAGCUAGAUACUUUUUUUUUUUGCAAGGUGUAAUUUAAUCCAUUCCCUCAAUCUUGGACUGGCAAAUACAACUUACCUGUUUCUCCUACCUUUUCGUUUGCUUUUAUUGUGACAAAUAAUAGGACACUUUCUAGUAAUACUUUUUUGUUGAACCUUAAAAAGUAAACCUGAACACUACCUGUGUUUUUGAGGACCACCAUGCUGUGUUGCUCUGGUAGGAGAGUAACUACAGAUCACUCAACUUGGGUAUGCAAAGAGCCAGGUGAAGGGUAUGAGAUGUUAUGGUGAAGCCUUACAUCUAAACUGUAAAUUAGAUUAUUCUUUUAUGGAAUAGCAUUUUUAAUUUAUUCGUGAAUCAUUUAUAAAUGAUUAAUGGCUAAGACAUUGUUCUAAAAUGUGAUGCCCUUGAAUAUAAAUUGUGAGAUGC